GAAUGUCCUAGAAAGUUCGACAUUGUCGAAUCGUCCAGAAUAUGCGGUUGGCAAAUGAGUGUUUGAAUAAAAAGGCUUCGACCUGACCUGAUAUCAUUCUUCACCGUUUAUACCUUUUUCCUCAUCAUCAUGUCGAGCAAUUUCGAUCUUACCGACAAGACAAACGAAACUCUGACCGCUGCCAUGCAGCUGGCCAAAGAUUCUGCAAACGCUCAGGUUGCACCAGCUCACAUUGCCUUUGUCCUUCUUAACGAAGAAGGCUCAGGAGCACCUUUGUUUGCUUCUGUGAUUGAAAAGGCCGGAGGAGACACAUCGGUAGUGAAGCGUGCUCUGAAGAAGGUCAUCGUUCGACUACCUACACAGAGUCCUCCGCCAGAUGAGACCUCGCUCAGCUCCGCCUCCCUCAAGGUUCUGCGGGAAGCGCAGAGCCUUCAGAAGACGAUGAACGAUUCCUACAUUGCCCAGGAUCAUCUUCUUCAGGCCCUUCUCAAGGACCCUUCCAUUGCGCCAGUUAUCAGAGAGGCCGGUCUCACCGAAGCCACCCUCAAGACCGCCAUCCAACAAAUCCGCGGCAACCGUCGAGUCGAAUCCAAGAAUGCCGAAGCAGGUUUUGAUGCUCUACACAAGUAUGCUGUAGACUUGACUGCCUUAGCAGAAGAGGGCAAGAUUGAUCCUGUCAUUGGUCGUGACAAUGAGAUCCGGCGGGCAAUUCGUAUUCUUUGUCGAAGGACAAAGAAUAAUCCAGUUCUCAUUGGUGAACCCGGUGUCGGCAAAACAUCCAUUGCUGAAGGCCUCGCUCAACGAAUCGUCAAGCGCGAUGUCCCCGCCAGUCUUUUCUGUCGCUUAUUCUCCCUCGACAUGGGUGCGCUCAUGGCGGGUGCCAAGUACAAGGGGGAGUACGAAGAACGUAUCAAGGCUGUCUUGGACGAGGUCGACAAAGCUGCUGAAAACGGAGGCACAGGAGUCAUCCUUUUCAUCGACGAGCUGCAUCUCAUUAUGGCUGGCAGAGGCGCAGAAGGUGGCGGUAUGGAUGCCGGCAACCUCUUCAAACCUCUGCUCGCUCGUGGCAAACUCAGGUGCAUUGGCGCUACUACCCUUGCCGAGUACCGGAAAUACAUUGAGACGGACGCAGCAUUGGAACGACGAUUCGCUCAAGUCAUCGUAAACGAGCCUACGGUAUCAGAGACGAUCAGUAUUCUUCGUGGCAUCCGGGAAAAGUAUGAGGUCCAUCAUGGUGUCAGGAUCCUGGACCCUGCUUUGAUUUCCGCAGCGACGUUGGCGCAUCGUUAUUUGACAUCACGGCGUUUACCCGAUUCUGCCAUUGAUCUUGUAGACGAAGCAUGCGCUAGCGUACGCGUCACGCGGGAGACUGAGCCUGAAGAGAUCGAUAAGCUGCAGCGUCGCCUACUUGAACUUCAGGUCGAGAUUCAUGCGUUGGAGCGAGAGAAGGAUGCGGCUAGCAAAGAGCGUCUUGUCCUUGCACGAAAAGCCAUUGCCACUGUCGAGGAUGAGCUGAAGCCCUUGAAAGCAGCGUACGAGGCUGAAAAGAAGAGAGGCGAUGAAGUCAAUGUCGUCAGACGUAGGAUUGACGAGUUGAAAGCAAAGGCGGAGGAGGCAGAAAGAAGAUAUGAUCUUGCCACCGUUUCUGACUUGAGAUAUUACGCGUUACCUGAUCUGGUGGCGCGCCUAAAGCAGCUGGAGGACAAGAAAGCUGCAGAAGACGCCACCGCUGAAGGUGGAGGAUCAGACACUGUCACUUCGGAGCACAUUGCGGAGAUUGUUGCGCGCUGGACGUCUAUCCCAGUGACAAGGCUCAUGUCUUCAGAGCGGGAGAAGCUUCUAAGGAUGGAGAAGAUACUGUCGGAGAGCGUUGUCGGUCAGACGGAGGCCGUCAAGGCUGUAGCCAACGCCAUACGACUUUCCCGGAGCGGAUUGUCAAAUCCGUCGCGCCCAAUCGCUAGCUUCUUGAUGGCGGGACCGUCGGGCACCGGGAAAACCCUCAUGGCUAAAACCCUCGCCACACUUCUCUUCGACUCGGCUGAUGCAAUGAUUCGUAUCGAUGGUUCGGAGUACUCUGAGAAGCAUUCCAUUGCACGCUUGAUCGGCGCACCACCUGGAUACGUUGGUCAUGACGCUGGAGGUCAAUUAACAGAGUACAUUCGUAGGAAGCCCUACAGCAUCGUCUUGAUCGACGAGGUAGAGAAGGCCUGCCGGGAAUUCGUCACUCUUUUCUUGCAGGUUCUUGACGAUGGUCGAUUGACCGACGGUCAAGGCAGAGUCGUCGACUUCCGUAACACUGUCAUCAUCAUGACCUCGAAUUUGGGUGCAGCAUUUCUCAAUGACAUGGGCGAAGGAUCUGUGACAUCUCAGACAAGAUCCUUGGUCAUGGGCGCCAUCCAGGCACACUUCCCUCCAGAGUUUGUCAACCGUGUUGAUGAAAUCAUUGUCUUCCGUGCAUUGUCACGAAAGCAUGUUCUUAAGAUCGUUGAUAUUCGGUUGCAAGAGGUGCAAGAGCGUCUCUCAGAGAGGAAGAUAGCUAUCGAUCUUGAUGCAGCCGCCAAACAGUACCUUAUGUCUGUCGGGUACUCGCCGGUCUAUGGUGCGCGACCUCUGAACCGAGCAAUUCAGAGUGAGCUUCUCAAUCCACUGUCGAUGAUGAUACUGUCGGACCGUGUCCGUGAUGGAGAGGUUGUGCAGGUGCGCUUUGAUGGACCUCACAACCGUCUUACCAUCAUCCCCAAUCAUGAGGGAACGGCUGUUGAGGACGCAUAUAUGGAUGUCGAUGAUGACAUCGCAAUUGAAGAGAUGGAUUAGUCUUGAAAUAUUGUAUCUGCAUAGUAGUGUAUUUAUCAUGGAUUUGCUAGCAUCACCUGUAUUAUAGUAGCAUCUCAACAUUUUUUGGGUUCAACGUGGUUCAACGUACUCUGGAUUCUGAGAAUCAAAAAUGAUUUGUA